GUCUGCGUCACUUCCUUUGGAGGGAACUUCACCCGGAAGAGGGUGUAGUCCUGAGUUGGGAGUUGGCUGAUGAGGAAACACCGCAGAGACGGAACCAGAACCAGAACCAGAACCAGAACCGACCAGGACCCGAGACCAGGACCGGAACACUCAGAACCACACACCGACCCCGCGUGCAGGCUCAGACAGGCCGGAAGCCGCAGUUUGUGAGACUUCCGUCACUUUGUAACAGCUAACAGCUAACAGCUAACAGGGAAGUGACGGCGCCAGGUGAAGUGUGCGCGAGCCGCAGGUGUAUUUUCUUUAAAGGACCCAGACAGCAGAAGAAGAAGAUGAGUGGAGGCAUGAACAGCAUCGAUGCAGUGAAGAAGAAGAUCAAGGUGCUGCAGGACCAGGCGGAGGAGGCGGAGGACCGAGCUGAGAGGCUGCAGAAGGAGGUGGAGAAGGAGAAGAGGAGCAGAGAGGAGGCAGAGGCAGAGGUGACAGCCCUGAGUCGCCGCCUGCAGCUCAGCGAGGAGAAUCUGGACCGCGCUCAGGAGAGACUGACCACCGCCCUGCACAAGCUGGACGAGGUGGAGAAGGUCGCCGACGAGAGCGAGAGAGGUAUGAAGGUGAAGGAGAACAAAGCUCUGAAGGACGAGGAGAAGAUCGAGCAGCUGGAGGUUCAGCUGAGAGAAGCCAAACGCAUCGCUGAGGAGGCCGACCACAAAUAUGAAGAGGUGGCUCGUAAACUGGUGAUGGUGGAAAGAGAACUGGAACGAGCUGAAGGCCGGGCUGAGCAGGGCGAGAGUAAUGUUCGGAGGUUGGAGGAGCAGUUGAGGAGUUUUGACCAAUCACUGAAGAGCCUGCAUGCAUCUGAGGACAAGUACUCCCUGAAGGAGGACAGGUACGAAGAGGAGAUCAAGAACCUGAGCAACAAACUCAAGGAGGCUGAGACUCGAGCAGAGUUCGCCGAACGUUCCGUUUCCAAACUGGAGAAAACGAUCGACGGCCUCGAAGACGCUCUGACUUCGGCCAGAAACGCCAACAUGGAGCUUCAGGCGACUCUGAAUCAGACCAUGGAGGACCUCAACUCCUGUUGAACCUCCUCACCCUGCCCUCCCCCCUGCUCCCCCUCAGGGACUCUGUGGCCAAACAUUCCUGUUACUCCUCCUAUUGAACCUCCUCUUCAUCUUCUUCCAUGUUGGGAGGCGUCACAGAGGUGUAGCCCCUCCCCGUUUUAUGAUUCUUGUUUUCAAACGUUCCUCCUUUAAUCACCCCUAGCUUUCAUUCACUCCUCCUCCUCCUCCUCCGACAGUGCCAACCUCCCUCCAGUAUUAAUGAGGAGUUCAGAGGAGGAGGAGGAGUCUAACAGCAUUGUUAAUUAUGAACUAACGAACUGUGUCGUUACUAAUUGUUUUUGCCUCCUUGAUUAAUCAGAGCCAACUUCCUGUUAGCCAAUGAUGUAUGUGUUCCAGAUGGGCGUGGUUUAAGGUAGCCAAUCACUGAGGCAUUCCACUGCCAUAUAUGGUAGACCAGGGGCCAAUCAGAGGUCAGGGACACACCCGUUAUCCCCACAGGUGACCUUUGACCUGAUGAAUAAAGUUUGUUUUUACCUGGAAGCAGGUGAUGAUGAUCACUGAUGGUCAUCACUGUGCUGAUGUCACAGCUCAUUGUAAUAAAUCAUGGCAGGAUUUUAUAAAAUAAAAGCAUGGCCAUCUAAA